AUGUGUGUGCAUGGGUUGUGUCUGCGUCCGCAGCUGGCGGCGGCGAGGCGCGGCCGGGCGGCGAGGCGGGCGCGCGGCGCAGGCGGCUGGUCGGCCGCUCACUCGCAGAGCUCGGUGCGGCGCAGGCGAGGACGAGCUGCGGGGCGGCGCGGCGCGUGGACGACGCGUGGCGCGCGCCGCGCCGCCGCUGCGGCGCCCCUCGACGACUGGGCGCGCCCGUGGACGACUACGACGGCGAGCUGGGCCGCGCCCUCGCCAAGUGUCGCGCGCCGCUCGAGCGCGGCGCCGACCCGGCGCUCGAGCCACCUCGACGCCCCGCUGGCGCCUACUUCGCGCUACAGGUACUACGCGGACGCCGGCGCGAGCGCGGCGCUGCUGCUGGUGGUGCUGCUGCUGGCGCUGGGGCUGCUGUACGGCUUCUGCGGCAAGGCGCCGCUGCCCGGGGACGCGCUGGGCGCGUACGGCGGCGAGGACUGCUGCGCGCGGGCCACGGGCGCGCGCUGGCUCAUGCUGGCCGUGGCCGCCAUGUUCCUGCUGGGGUCGGCGCUGGCGCUGGCUGCGCUCGUGCACUUCGCGGCCGGGCUGGCGGCGCAGCAGGCGGUGUGCGCGCCGCUGCGGCCCGCGCCGCGGCCGGCGCCGCUGCUGGCGCUGGCGGACGCGUGGCUGGCGCCGCCCGAGGAGCGCGCGGCGCUGCCGGCGGCCGGGGGCGGCCCGCCCCGCGACGGCAAGCGCUGGCCGACGCCCCGCCGCCUGCACCGCACGGCAGCGCCUACGCCGUGCUCGGGCUCUCCGCCCGACACAAACGCCCAGGAGCUGCCCGGCUCGCGGACUCGCCAG